AUGGAUGAGGAUGAAAGCGUGAAGGAGUUUUGUGGAAAACUCAAUGCAUUGGCGAAUGAAGCUGCAGCUUUGGGAAAGCAGUACAAGGAUAGUAAACUGGUCAACAAAUUAAUCAUGAGCUUACCGGAGAAAUACAUAUCUCAAAUUGUUGCAUUCCAGAUGGUACACAACACUGACAAUGUAAGUUUCAAAGGAACCGUCAGUAUUUUUGCUGCUCAUGAAUUAGAGUUGAAUGUUAUUAUAAAAAAGUCAGUGCCACCUCGCAAAAAAGUAGUAGCCCUUCACGUUUCAGAAGAUGACUCGCUUCAUAUUACAGCUGAAGACGAUAUGUCACUUAUAGUGAAAAAAUUCAAUAAGUUUUUCAAGAAAAAAGCUUCAUAUCCCCAAAAGCAAGAAGCAAAAGAGACCAACAGAUGUUUAGAAUGUAAGGGAAAAGGACAUUGGAAGGCAAAUUGUCCUAGUGUUGCCAAAAGAGAAGCUGUCUUGAAGAGCCUUCAAGAGAUACAAAGCUAUGAAUGUCAGGGCUAUGGUCAUACGAAAAAAGAGUGUUUGGGAAAAUCCAAAGGAAAAGGAAAAGUCAUUAUCAAUCAUGAUAGCUCUGAGACAGAAUCUGAAGAAGAAAAAGAAGAAGAAGAGUUACCAAACUUAUGUGCAUUCAUUGGGAUCAUAGAUGAAGAAUCUGAUGAUGAAGAGGUAGAUGUGAAUGAACUCUAUAAUGAGACAAUGAAGAUCUACGAGAUUAACAUGAGACUGGUCAAGGAGAAGAAGGAAUUGGAGCUGCAACUAAAAGAAGCAAAGACCGAAAUAGUGCUAAAGGAAGAGGAGAUCACUCACUUGAAACGACAACUACAAGAAACAAAGAAGAAUGUACGAAUGCUUGGAAGUGGAACAGAGAAGUUGGACUAUCUGCUCGGCGUGGGCAGACAUGAUCCUAGACAUACAGGGCUUGGAUACGUGGGCGAACAAAGCAAGAACCAAGGUAAGUUUGUGUCAGGAGGAAUACUGGGCGAAGAAAUUUGGAUAAAGAAGGAUGCUCUUAACUGUAAUGUGGCAUUGAUCUCUGAGCAAAGUAACCAUGAUAACAUAUGGUACCUUGAUAAUGGUUGUUCAAGGCAUAUGACAGGGAAGAAGGAGUUGCUGUCAAAUUUUGUCAGUGAUAAGAAAGGAGAUGACGUGACAUUUGGGGAUGGAAAGAAGGGAAAGAUGGUAGGAAAAGGUUGUCUCGAUAUUGAAGGAAUGCUUAAUCUCGCUAAUGUGAAUGUUGUGCAUGGACUUAAGGCAAAUUUGAUUAGCAUUAGUCAACUUUGUGACAAUGGUAUGAAGGGAAACGAACAACAAACCACUGUUAUACCUGGACAGAAAAGAACAAAAAUCAACCAAAGUGCUUCAAAGUAUCCACCAUUGACAAGUCAGGGGCUGUUCACAGAAUGUCAGAGUUCACUCACGAAGAGAAAAUCGUACCCAAGUCAUGUCGACAAACUCGAGUUCAACACAGGAGGAUAA